AUGUAAGAAUUAGGAGAUAUCGAAAAGUAACCUCAUAAAAAAGUCAAAAAGAAUGAAAUACCUCUUGAGUUUACGAUAUUAGCAACCCACAAUUUUGCCAGGUAUUGAAUAAAUUCAAGAACUCUAGGGCUUCAAUAAUGAGACUUCCUCAUGGAGAAGUGCAAACACCAGUGUAUAUGCCAGUGGGAACAAAAGGAGCAAUGAAAGGAGUGACCUAUUCAGAGAUGGAUGACUUGGGAUGCAAAUUACUGCUAGCAAAUACUUAUCAUUUGGCAUACAAACCUGGAGGUGAUUUAUUAGAGAAGGUUGGAGGAUUGCACAAAUUUGUUAAUUGGAAGCAUAACAUUUUAACAGAUAGUGGUGGAUUUUAGAUGGUUUCAUUGUCUCAACUCAGCGAAGUCACUGAAGAAGGAGUCACCUUUGAAUCACCAUAUGAUAAUUCAACAAUGCAUUUAAGACCAGAAGAUUCAAUCCACACAUAAAAUUAAAUAGGAGCCGAUAUAAUCAUGGCUCUGGAUGAUGUUGUUAGAACUACAACUGUUGGUCCUCGUAUGCAAGAGGCAAGUGAGAGAACAACCAGAUGGUUGGAUAGAGAUAUCGAAGCUCACAAAAGAAAGCAUGACUAGAACUUGUUUCCUAUUGUAUAAGGAGGGAUAGAUCCAAAAUUAAGGGAGCAGUCAUUGAACGAUUUGAUUCAGAGAGAAGCAAAUGGAUAUGCAAUUGGAGGAUUGGCAGGAGGAGAAGAUAAAGUAUAUAAAUUAUUCUAUAUCAAAGGUUGACUUUUGGAAAACUGUGGCAUAAUGCACAGCUAAAUUACCUGUAAAUAAACCUCGCUAUUUGAUGGGUGUUGGAUAUCCAGUUGACGUUGUGGUAUGUUCUUGCUUAGGUGUUGACAUGUUUGAUUGUGUUUUUUCAACUAGAACAGCUAGAUUUGGUACUGCGUUUACAGAUAAUGGAUUUCUCAAACUAAAAAACAAAGAAGCAGCAAAUGUGUUUGAACCAAUUUAAAAGGGGUGUUAAUGCUAAGCCUGCAAAUCCUAUACCUAAUCAUAUUUGCAUUAUCUGAUUGCAAGGAAAGAGGUUGCCUGUCACCUUAUUUCUAUUCAUAAUCUAAACUAUUUAUUACAAUUGAUGCUCAAUUUGCGUCAAUCCAUAAUUGAUGGCAAAUUGAUUGAGUUCACCAACGGAUUUCUUCAGAAUUGGUUUAAAAAUGAAGGAUAGAUACCUUAAUGGAUUAUCGAGGCUUUAGAGUAUGCAGGAAUCCCAGUUAAAUAGCUUUGAGUUUAAAUUAUUGAUCAUCAAUAUUUCUUAAUUUUAUCCAAGC